CGGACACGCAACGCGCAGAAUCAUUUUUUUUAAAGUUUUCCAAUGCUGGUUUCACCGUUAGUCUUCAGUAAUAGAGUAGAGAACACGGUGCCAAAUUUACUAACAUUAACAGCAAGGAAAAGCGGUUGUCUCUUAAGAUCCUGAUUGUGAUAAUUACAGUCAUGGCACCAAAGAAGAAAAAUGUUAAAAAGAAUAAAAUGGAGAACAAAGAGACUACUGUUAUUGUGGAAGAAAGUACGGUCAUGCAUCUGAAUGGCCUCUUAGAUGGAGACAAUGGUUUUAGCUGUAUUUCCACUGAAAUAUCUAACUGCUCAUACAGUUCCAGUCUUUUGGAAGCACUCAGCAAAAUGAGGCAAGAGAAAUUUUUGUGUGAUUUAACCGUUGCUACAAAAAACAAAUCUUUUGAUGUUCAUAAAUUGGUAAUGGCUUCUUCCAGUGAAUUCUUCAGGAAUAUUCUGACUAAAGAUCCAUCAAUCCAAAGAGUAGAUCUUGAUGACAUCUCUCCUAUUGGUCUUGUCACAGUUAUUACUUAUGCCUAUUGUGGAAAAAUAACACUGUCAUUAUAUACAAUUGGUAGCACAAUAGCAACAGCUAACCUGCUCAAAAUUCACUCUCUCAUAAAGAUGUGCUGUGAUUUUUUGAUGCAGGAAAUCAAUGUUGAGAAUUGCAUGUACAUUGUUAACAUUGCAGAAACUUAUGGACUCAAAAAUACGAAGGAAGCAGCACAUAAAUUUAUUACUGACAAUUUCCUCGAAUUUUCAGAAAGGGACCAGUUUUUUAAACUCACCUUUGAACAAAUCAUGGAAUUUAUGCUGGAUGAUACCCUGCGAUUGCCCUCAGAAAUCGCAGCAUUCCAGAUUGCAAUGAAAUGGCUGGAUUUUGACAAUAAUAGGGUUAAGUAUGCAGCAGGUUUAUUGAACACCAUUCGAUUUUGUACAAUCUCAGCACAAGACCUGGUGAACUAUGUUCAGACAGUGCCAAGAAUGAUGGAAGAUCAGGAUUGUCAUAAACUUCUGGUAGAGGCCAUGAACUACCACCUGUUGCCUUAUCAACAGAACACUUUACAGUCCAGAAGAACAAAAGUUCGCAGUGGCCUCCGAGUUCUAGCAAUUGUGGGUGGUCGUCUAGACCUAUCAGAAAAAUCACUCAGCAGAGAUAUUCUGUACAGAGAUUCUGAACAUGUUUGGAACAAACUUGCUGAAAUGCCUUAUAAAAGUUUCAAUCAAUGUGUAGCUGUAAUGGAUGGAUUUCUGUAUGUAGCUGGUGGAGAAGAUCAAAAUGAUGCCAGGAAUCAGGCGAAGCAUGCAGUGAGCAACUUCUGCAGAUAUGAUCCUCGAUUCAACAGUUGGAUUCAUCUGGGGAACAUGAUCCACAGACGCACCCACUUCAGCCUAAAUGUUUAUAAUGGUUUACUAUUUGCAAUUGGGGGGAGGAAUUCAGAUGGUCCUCUUUCCUCUCUUGAAUGCUAUGUACCAGCAACAAACAAGUGGCAGCUUAAGACAUCUUUAGAGAUAUCUAGGUGCUGUCAUGCUAGUGCUGUCACAGAUGGCAAAAUUCUGGUAACUGGAGGAUACCUCAAUAAUGCAUAUUCUCAUUCAGUCGUAGCCUAUGAUCUGUCAGCAGACAGUUGGCAAGAUAAGACUAAUCUUAACACACCAAGAGGGUGGCACUGUGCCAUUUCCCUUGCAGAUCAUGUGUACGUAUUAGGUGGAAGUCAGCUCGGAGCUCGGGGUGAGCGGAUUGAUGUGCUUUCUGUUGAAUGUUACAGUCCCUAUACAGGGCAAUGGAGCUCAAUUGCUCCUCUCCAAGUUGGUGUUAGUACUGCUGGUGUGACAACUCUUGACAGUAAAAUCUAUCUGUUGGGAGGUUGGAAUGAGAUAGAAAAGAAAUAUAAGAAAUGUGUCCAGUGUUUUAAUCCAGAUAUUAAUGAUUGGACCAAUGAAGAUGACUUGCCAGAGGCUAUAGUUGGCUUGUCCUGCUGUGUUUUCACCUUGCCUCGUCAAAGAACACAAGAAUCCAGAACCAGUUCAGUAUCUUCAGUUCCAGUUAGUGUCUGAUUACAGUUGAAGAGAUUUUUUGAUUAAAAUCAAUUAAUUUCACAGAAAGAAGCUAGUUUUAACUUGCUGCUCAAAUAAGCUUUCAUAAUUAAACAACAGUUUGUAUCCAAUCAAGUUAAAAAGGAACUGGUGCAACAAUGGUGCCAAGCAAGAUGUAUAUAUUACUCUGCUUACAGGGGGAGUAAAUCAAAUCUAAAGGUAUGACUUUCAAACUGUUUGUGGCUUGGAACACCAAGUGGCUACAGUCAGAAAGACAAGUGGCUUCAGUAAAAAAUUCCCCAGUUAUUUAGUAGUCUCAACAUUUGUGGCAGAGGGGUAGGUGCCUUGUGGCACAGUGGAUCACAUUCUUGCCUCUGAGUCAGAAGCUCUGAGUUCAAGUCAAACUCCAAGACUUGAUGGCUGUAAAUAUGCAUCCAUAAUAUGGUCAAACAGGUUGAAUGUCAGUCUGCAGAUCCUUCCAACAUGCUCAUGGCAGACAGUAGGAGCAAGAGAGACUUCUAGUCAGCCAUACUUGAUGUGGAGUGUCACUCCUCAAGCUAUAACCUCUGGUAUCAGGUUAAUGACCUAUUCCAGAUGCAGAGAAUAUGUGUGUCCUUUGAUGCUUCAGGCUUCCGUAGGAAAAGAAGUCGUUCUAAGUCAGAGUCUAGAACUGACAGGUUUUGUUUUUAAACUGAUAUUUAAUGCUAAAUGAUUUGAUAGUUUAACUGUUUCAUAAUUAACUUACUAAAGUCAUAGUUUUUCCUGUUUCUUUGUGUAGAAAUUGAGGUCCUUUCUUUAAAUCUGUGGCAAGUUGGUCCGUAUCUACUGAAGCCAUUUUGAGGUAACCACUUAAAAAAAACCUAACAAAAGAACUGGGACAGUGUUUCCAAAGGCUGAACUAUCCAAAGCAUUUGUACCCAAUGUAUUGCAGACAAAAAUGUUUUGUCUCUUUAUUUGAGAUGCAAAGCAUUCUCAGAAUUCUGAAUGACGCUGCAAGCAUUCAGGAAAUAGCAUGCUAUUACUCAAUUUAUAUGUUGUGUAUUUAUAAACUGGACUGAAGGGUGAUGUAUUUCAGUUGCCUUUUGUUAUGGAAUCAGAGACAAACAAUAGUAACAGUUUUGGAGAGUGUUUGUGAGCUAUGUAAACCAUUUUUUGCUGCAUCCGCCCUAGUCUGUUUUCUCAUCAGUAGAAUUGUUCCAUUGAAAUUGGAAUUCAAAAGCAAGUUUUCUGUUUACCAUCUGCAGACUUGAAAGUUUGUUGAUAACGGCAGUACCUCAUUGUGUUAUAUGCUACCAUUUGCUGAAUUAAAGCAAUUUUUACACGUUA